UUCGUCCGAAAAUGACCUGCUUUAUCAAGAACGUAGUUACUGCAUUGGCCGCUACACGGUAUGGCGCUGAAACCAGUGAGAAAUGCUGGUCUCGUCUCAACCCGGACCUUUGGCUAUCUGUCUAUUAAUCUGUGGGCAAAACGCAGCCGGCUAUUGUAUCCUUAACCUCAAACUGCAUGAGAUAUGAUAUAACUUGCAAUAAUUGUUUCAUAAAAGUGAAUAAGACGUUUAUUGUAAAAAAUUAUUAUGUCACUCGCGCGACGAGGACAGCAUUGGGGAACAUUUGCUCGCAUUUGGCACAUAUACGAUGCAAAAUGGCAAGAUCCGUACAAGAGUGCUGAAGUAAUAAAACAUUAUCUUAUGGGAAUGUACAAGCCAAUAUAUCAUCCACUGAAUUCUUGCGGCGAUCAUGUAGUAGUGAUAAACAGCAAGGAGAUCGCCUUACGCGGAGACGAAUGGCGAAAACGUGUGUACUUUCAUCAUAAUACGUAUCACGGAGGUGCUACUUGGACUCUUGCAUGGGAAUUACAUUACAAGGAUCCAACUCUGAUUGUAGAAAAAGCUGUAUACAGAGCACUGCCGAAAAACUUACAACGGAGGUACACUAUGCAAAGACUGCAUAUAUUUCCAGAUGAAAAAAUACCUGAAGAUAUGUUGAAAAAUGUUAGUAAUCAAAUCAAACAGCUAACAGCCGUCCCUGUCCGACUAGAUCAUAUUCCACAGAAGGAAGUAGACAACUUCCCACAACUUUUAAAGUAUCCCGAAAAUUAUAUUCUUAAAUAAUAAGUUUAAUAUAAGUACUAAAUAUACAGCAAUGUAUCCAAAUGAUAAUAUACAUGUAUAUACUAAUGCUGAA